UUGAAUCUUCAGAAGUAUAAAAGAGUCGUUUGAUCAACUAGUGAAGACUUAGAAUUUUUUGAAGCAUAAAAAAUCCCAGAAGAUAAGAAAUUCAACCACUCAAUUUCCUGACAAACCCACAACUUCAGAAUCAGUUAUCUCAGGGUCUGAAUAAUCAAAACUAUAAAUAAACCCUCAAGUCAGUCCACAGUCAUGGCAGACAGUGAUUCAGACGUGGACGACGUCCUGAGCAACCUCCUAUCCAACGAGGAGGACCCCCCAGCCCCUGGAGGCCCUGGAGAGCCCCCAAAAGUCCUGAAGAAGCCAGACCACAAUUCCCUGAACAACCUCACCGAAUCCCCAUCUGAAACCCCCCCAGAAAAAUCUUCAAAAAGCCCAAAAAACCCACUCAAGCCUCAAAAUUCCCAGAAGAAAAAAACUCCCCAUCCCCUCCCCCCCAAAGCUCCAAAGUCAGUGACCUCUGGGUCUAAAUCAGACAGUUCUUCAGACGUGGACGACAUCCUGAACAACCUCCUGUCCAACGAGGAGGACCCCCCAGCCCCCGGAGGCCCCCCAAAAGUCCUGAAAGAGCUAGACUACAACUUCCUGGACAAGCUCAACGAAUCCCCCACAAAAACCCCCGAAGAAAAAUCCCGAUCCCUCAUCCACAACGACUCAGACUCCUCGGACGACGAGGACAAAAAAUACUUCGAGGCCCAGAAGUACUCGGACUCCGGCAGGAGCAUCAGAGACCUCCUGAAGCACCAGAGCGCCCCAAAAAAGGAAACCUCAGCCCUCUUCCCCAGGAGAACAGGGGCAGCGCCCAAAGCGUCGACUCCAAAAACCGAUGAGCCCAGGAAGAAGGCGGAGACAGCCCUGACGACGUGGCUAUCGAAGCCCCCAGACGUCUACAGCGACCCAGUCUUCGGCCUGCGAAUCGUGAAGCCCUUGAUCUCCUCAGCAGAGCUGAAGGAGCGAAUGCAGGACAGGAGGCCCAUAACAGUCUCCAAGAUAAAGAGCUUCGUCGCCACCCAGGACCAGUCCCAGGACUGGGUGAUCGCUGGGGUCCUGAUCCACCGUUCGGCAACGAAAAAAUCACUGAAUGGAAAUCAGUACUGCAUCUGGCAGAUCAGCGACUUGUCCGAGAAAAUCCCCAGCGUCUCGCUGUUCCUCUUCAGUGGAGCCUACAAGCUUUUCUGGAAGACGUCUGAGGGGACCAUUGUGGGGGUGCUCAACCCCAACGUCUUGGAGUCGAGGAGUGACAAGGCCGAGGCGACGUUGUCCGUGGAUAACGCCCAGAAGAUCAUGAUAUUAGGAAAUUCUCGAGACCUGGGACGAUGCAAGUCGGUUAAGAAGAGUGGGGACCCCUGCACCAACAUCGUCAACAAGAGCAGGUGCGAGUACUGCGUCUAUCAUGUGAAGCAGGAGUACAGCAAGGCCUCGAGGAGGACUGAUUUGCAGACGGACUCGAAUAACAGGAGGUUCGGCAGCCUUGGGAAGCAGAGCCAGAGCCAGAAGUUCGGAGGCAUGAGUUCGCAGGGGAAUGGGCUGAAUCAUCUGAACAUGCUGGCGAUCCCAGCUAAAAGGAACCACAAGAUGGAGCAGAGGGACUCCGAGAGGCUGGCGCUGCUCACGCAGGGGUCCACUGGGGUGUCCAAAGGUCAGACGUCUGGUGACAACCUCCUGGAUUUGGAGAGGAUUGGGGUGAGCACGGGGUGGAGCAACAGAUCGGCCCUGUGCUUGUCAUCGAUAUCGAAUUUAUCGAAGGGGUCUCCAAAGAGUUCGCCCUCGUCAACUGGAGGACAGAGUGGUUCAUCGAAACCUUCAGUGGCGUCUCCAAGGGCGACUGUUCCACGUCUGGGGUGUGGGGUCGUUGGAGACACGAUCGACUUCUCCCAGCCCAUUCCCAAGAAGGGCAUCAGCUCCGCCAAGAUGAGCGCGAUUAAAUGGGCGAAGGAGAAGGGAGGGAUUAAGUCAGGGAAUGCCAAUAAAAUUCGCGAGAGCAGGGAGAAAAUGGAGGCCUCUGCCAAGAGGAAACGAGAGGAGGCAGACAGAGCUGAAGAGAGUGAGAAAGACGCGAAGAAGGUGUGCUCGACGUCUGAUAAAUUCCGGGAGCUCAUGGAGCUGACCUCCGCUCACGAGGACCUGAUCGAGAAGUCCGAUGAGAACGAGAAGGAAAAGUAUUUCAACAAGCUCGAGGCCAGGGAGCGAAUGGAGGAGAAGAUGAUGACGACUUUCAAGGUGGACUGCAAGGCUGUCAGGUGCCUCGUCUGCAAGUACACGUCCUUCUCGGCAUCGGAUAUUUGCAAGGAGAAGAGACAUCCUCUGAGGGUGAUCGACGCUGUCAAGAGCUUCUUCAAGUGUGCGGACUGCGGGAACAGGACGGUGAGUCUGGAUAAACUGCCCUCGUACAGCUGCCAGAAGUGCUCGGGCUCUAGGUGGCUCAGGGCUGCCAUGAUGGACGAGAGGAAGACCAAUAUCUCGGACUGCGUGCUCUCGAUUCGAGGGGGAGAGGAGAAAUUUGUGGGCUCGGAGGUCAAGAAUUCUAGUAUUAAUCUUCUUGUGCCUAGCGAUGAUGCUUAGCAGGAAAUUAUGAGCCUGUUUUUGAGGGGAUAAUUUUUUUAAUGAACUUAGAUUAAGGGAAAGAAUGUUUUAAAUCAUGACUGGAGUCAACAAAUCUCUAAUCUAUGAUGACAAUUAUUUCGAAUGGAAUAAAAUUGAGGGAUGGAAUAAUUAAAAACGUGAACAUGAGAAAAUUACACAAACUCAUCACCUUCCAUCUUCACUUUAAUUUCCAAAUUAACGAUAAUUAGAGAGGAUUCGAGGGGGAGAGGAGAAAUUUGUGGGCUCGGAGGUCAAGAAUUCUAAUAUUAAUCUUCUUGUGCUAGCGAUGAUGCUUAGUUCGAAAUUAUGAGCUUAUUUUUGAGGGGAAAUUUUUUUAAUGAACUUAGAUUAAGGGAUGAAGUGUUUUAAAUCAUGACUGGAGUCAACAAAUCUCUAAUCUAUGAUGAAAAUUAUUUUGAUUGGAAUAAAAUUGAGGGAUGGAAUAAUUAAAAAUGUGAACAUGAGAAAAUUACACAAACUCAUCACCUUCCAUCUUCACUUUAAUUACCAAACUUGAAUUAAUCAUUUGUUUUUCUCCAUAAAUCAUCGGUGUAUCAUUGUUGGAAUGUGACUGUAUGUGAUCACCACGACCUGUUCAAUCCUCGUUUCGUAACAAGACAUAUAAUAUAAUAUAGAACUUCUUUAAUCCUUAUUUUUUCUGAAAAAUAUGCGAGGAGUGUCGCGACCGAGUCGUGACUGAAUUUUCGUGAUUCUCGUCGUUUUAAAAUUCUCUUUUGACCCGAGGAGUUCACUAAUUGCGUACGAAUUUGAUAUAUCUUUUUAUCACUCACACAACCACGAAUCUUCUCGAUGGACGUCAAUAGAGUGACAGGCAUCUUCCGUUUCAAUAGUUAUUAUUGUAUCUUUUUAAUUUAUGUAAAAAACAUGAGGCAAUGUCGAGGACGCAGAUUUAUCUGUUUCAUCACUAAUCAUUUCAUCUACCAUUUCCUCUCUGCUGGUAGUGUACGCUCUGAUGACGAUGAAAUUAAGCGAAAGACAAUCGUUGGAUUGAAAAAAAAAGUUAUACCAAGAUCCCCACAAUUAUAUUGAAAAUCUCUAAGUACAAUUUUCCUAGUUACUCCAGAUUAAUUUCUUCAAGCAUUUAAUUUUGAUAAAUGAAUGCAAUCUCUAGGGAUAAUGAUACAAUGCUCAAAGUUCAAUUAUGAGACACAAAUCACACCUUUACGCACCCUCAACCCUUUCGUUAUACAACAUUUAUUUAUUAAUCCCAGAAGGCUCAUCUACUUCUACUUUUAUCCUCUAGAGUCAAUGAAAUUUGAAAGAACAAAUAUUCCACGAAUAUUUCGUUUCUCAUUUUCACUGUAUCAAGAAAUUUUGAACAAUACAAAUUCCGUUAUUGAAUAAUCACGGGAAAAAAGCCAGGGACGACCCCUCUGGGAUUAAACCAUUCAAGAACAAAUAAGAAAAACAAAGAUUAAUGAAGAACAACAAUGUUUCAUUUCACCAAUUGCACAUCAGCGUCAUUACCACAAUUAAAUAAUUAUGUUGUACAGCUCGUG